AUGAUAUCUGGACCCAAUUGGUCUACGAACCCACUGAAUUCCGUCACUUCCGAAGAGGAGGAACUUGCUUUCGUCGGACCACAGUAUCUUGUUCCAGUCUUGACGGGUCCAGUUGAGAUGCUUCUUCGCCCACUUCACCCUGGCGGUUCGAUUCUUUUCAGAAAUCAGCGGUUUUUUCACUGCACGUCUUCUCAUGAUUCCAGCAGCAUUCAGACGUCGUUUCACGGUCGAGACGGAUGGCGGAGAUGGCGAAUUCAAGGAAAAUUCCCGUCUGAUCGCAGGGGCGGUGAGUCUUGGAUUGGUUCUAGACGUCUUCAAAAUGUUUCUAUCGCCAUUACGAUCACUGAAACGUGGUCUUCUAGUGCGUUGGCUCUUAGUAGAGCCAUCUCGAGCUUUCCAACGCUUUAGGAACUGAGAAAUGCACGCCUCUGUCACGCCGAACAGUCCCGCCAACGUCAUCAUGGUCAGUCCAUUUAGACGACCCACAACGAUGGCUCUUUUGUCGUUAUCAGUCAAAUCCUUUUUUCCAGAGGUUCUUCCCAUGUCUGAAAAACAUGAAAAAAACAUAUGGCAACAUUAUUACUUUUUAAAAAAAUUUAAUAAAAAAAUAAAUAAAAAAAUAAAAAAACAUAAAAAAACAAAAAAAUUGAAUUCAAAAAAAUUCCUAAAACGCGUCACAGUGAUUGCGGACAUGUAUUUGUAUACCGUAUAUGUUUCAAAGUAUAUUUUACAUUAUCCCUGAAAGUUAUGUAUAAAUCGGAUGAGUACUCGCUGAGAUAUCCUCAAAAAAACCAAAACUUAAUAUACUUUUUGAGCGGUACUGUAACUGAAAAGAUCAAUUGGAUAAAAUUGCCGAAAAAGUCUGUCAAAUUUCUAUUUUAAAUAUUUUCAGUUGAUUGCCCCACGCCAAGGCUUGAAAAGUCGCCGGUAUCACCGAAAGUUGUGGUGAAAAAGAAACGCGGAAGGCCGCCCGGACCUUCACGACAGAGAGCCGCCAAAAAAGCUCCCAUCUUGGAGGAUGAAUCCGAAGAAUCUCAAGGCAUGUGCUAUUGGAUUGAAAGAGAAAUACGAUUUUUGCGUUGUAAAAAUAAUAUAAAAUUGUCUUCCGAUCCAAAAAGAAGAUUCUUUGGAGGGUUUCAAUUUUUAUCGAAUCUCAAGCCAUGUGCUAUGAAGUUGUAAAAUAAAUAGAAAAAUUACGAAUCUUGCCUUAGAAAAGGAUAUAAAAUUGUCUUUCGAUCCACAAUAAGAUAAUUUUUCAGACGGUUCCAAGGCUAACCGAAAAGCGAAACGUAGGUACUUGGGACAGGAACAUAACGCCGCGAAAAGGACGAGGAAGUUGACGGAUCGAGGUGGGUUCGCGUCAUUCUUGAAAGAAUGAAUAGAAUGUCUUACGAGUUUCACAAUGAUAAUAAAUAAGUAGUAAGGAACUUCUUCAAAAAAACAAAAAAAAAGAUAUUUAUAACAAUGAUUUUUUUGUUCUUUCUUCGCAUAGUUCUUCCUGUGAGAGCUAUCAAUUUUUCUGAAGAAUAAAAACUCCAGAUUCCGCGACCCCGAGCCACGUCUCGCGUUCUCGAUCGCCGUCGACGUCGACGUCUUCUUGCUUCAAAUACGAAGACCUGGGAGCGCCGCUCAUUCUCAAAUACGAUGACGUCAGCCCUUCGACGCCUACUGCCCGACGUCCGAAUCUGUCUUCUGCGGCCAGCGUCACGUCUUCUAUUCGACAGGUACGAAAAGAGCUUUGAAGGCUCGACUCUACGUACAUUUUGUUGCAGGGAUCUUAUUCUUCCGCCAUUUCUCUGCUGAUCGAUGAGGAGUAAGUUCAGGGAAAUUUGGUUGAUUUGCUGUUGGCUUGACUUUUUGGGUUUAUGGAAAAAAUCGCUGUGAAAAAAUAUUAAUUUUCUUAAAUUUUCAUCUAAAAUACUGUUCAAGUAGUAUCGGAACCCUCUCAGUUGCUAUAAGUUUGUGGCUUGACCUCAUUAAUUAGUUGCAGUCGUUCUAGAUCGUCUGAAAAUAACUAAAACCCUAUCUUAUCAUGGCAAGUUUUUUUUUGAACCAUCAAAUUGCCACAUCUGUUUGGGAACAGAAAGAAUGUUUUUGUUGUGUUUAUUGUGACAAUCUGGCGGGGAGUAGAGUUCACGGAGAAUGCCGGUCGGUGACCUCAGAAAGGAUUGUUUAUCCAAAAGCAAAAGGCUGACCAUCUCUUGUCACACAUCUGGCUGGCACCUGGAGAUUGACCUCUUUUGAUGCCAAGUUAGAGUUGGAAGGGAAAAGAACAAAGGCUCAAGUUUUGGGCAACUGCGAAUGGUAGAAAGAAAAGAAACUUGGAGCGCAUUUUUUGAAGAUUUCCCACAGACUUUCUAAUUUUUCGACCGGAAAAAGGUCAUACCGGAUGAGGAAUACAAGGUUUGAUGAUUCAAAGUUUUGGUGGAGAAAAUAGGUUUUUUUUUUCACCAAGAGUAUCUGGUUCAAAGAUUGAGCUUAUACUUUCGAAAAAUUUGGUUUUUAGUUUUUUUCGGAAAACAAUUAUUAGAAAAAAAAAUUAGUCUUAGGCAUUCUUUUCGUUUCAAAGAGUAACAAUAUUUACUGACUUUUUCUCGAAUCUUUAUAAAAAUAUGUUUUCAGAGAGCAAGAACAAAAGCCGGAUCGGGAAGUGAUCGUCGUGGGUCCAGUGGCGGCGCCGAUCGUCUACGAAGAGGACGACGAUAUCAUCUUCAUCCCGCAGCCGAAAGAAGAACCGGAGGACGAGUUCGUCUCGAGAAAGUUCCAGAGAAUAAUCUCGACCAAUUUUCCAGAAUUCAAUGUAUCGAACCAGCGCCUGCGCAAUUCCGCCAGCCGGCUCCAGUCCCAAAAGUCGCGCCGGAAGUCGCUUCAUCUGCUCCGGGUUCGAAAAGAUUUCGCGUGGAAAUGAUUGAACCAAAAUGAUAUUUCAGCUCUUUCCAAUGCGCCCGACGAUUCGACGCUCUCCUUGACCGAAUUCUCCAUCAAAAAACUCAUUUUCAGCUUCUUGAACGGUAAAAAUGGGAAAUAUGGACUGCUUUCAAUAACUUCUUGUUUGAAGAUCUCUUCACGGUUGACCCGGAAUUGUUCUGCAAGACGGUCGUGUGCUUGGAAAACGACAAAAAGAAAGAGGGACUCGUUUAUCGUUAGUGUUUUUUUUUCUCUGAAAUGAUGAAAUAAUGCGCGACGGUGAAUGAACCAGCAAAAAUAUAUUUCCUUGGUCCGAAAAAUUUAAUAUUCACAGCUUGAAAUUUAUUUUAUGGAAGAGCUAUGAAAAGUUCAAGCUUAUAGGAGAGUUUAAAGGGUGGAAAAUGCUGGAGCUCCAGAUAUUAACUCAAGGAUGAAGCUUUUGAAUAACAUUUUAGUGAAUAAGUUUUAAUUCAUUUUGAUGAAAAAACUUCAAAAGAAACUGUUCAGUCUAAAAAGCCCAAAGUUAAAAGGAAAUAAACUUAUUCUUACAAUCAAUACUGAGAUCAUGAAUUUUUAGUUUGAGUUUUCUCUAAUUUUGUUCAAUUUUUGUGAACUAUCUUACUAAAAAACGAAAACUUCCGAAUUAUAAAUGGCUCAUAACGUUGCGGGAACGCUGAUACACUCGAAAAAAUAAUCGCUUCAAGAAAACUGAAGUUUUGAGCAAUAUUUUUGAAAACCAACAAGUUUUACAAUCCCUGACGAACGCGUUCUUUCAACUUUCAAACUAUAUCAGUCAAAUUUAUCAGUCAAAAUUACCCGUUCAAUCUUCAACAAUUGAACUUGAUAUGAAAUCUCUUUUCAGUGAUGAGCGCUACGUUGAACAGCCGCACCAACCAGUACACGGAAGAGUUCAUGGAGUUAUUAGCCAACAGCAACCAAGAUGAGACCUAUGCCAACGCCGAUUGUAACUAUGAUCCCCUCAGAAACCCCCGAAAUGCGGCCUUUUCAGGGAGACAAUAUUCGAAUUACACGGCGGAAUUCCGGUCCCGAUGCUCCUUGGCCGAUAUCAUGAAAGACGAGGUGAAGCAUUCCAGAAAAAAUAAAAAAUGGAAGUUUUUUGUCUUCAGUUGAGCCCGAAGACUUUCUUCGAAAUAAUCGAAAGCAUUAUGGACAUCGAGAAACAGUUCCUGGAAUACGUCGCAUCUCACGAGGAAAUCAAUAACGAUUUCACAAAGGUAGAAUUCGGCUUUUUUCGUGGAAUUUAUAGCAUUUAUUCUUGACGAGGAAAAGCUUGAAGGAAGGGAAAACACAUGAGUUUUUAGACUCUUUUAUAGCUGAAAUCUUAAUAGUCGAGAAUCUAGCCGUCCCACUGUUCUGCAGCUCCUUCAUAUUUUGCUAUCUUUUCGCGGGGGGUUUUUUUUUUCAUAUACUCAAAUUUCAGUCUCAGUGGGACAAAUUUUCUCGAAGUUCUUCAAUUUUCUUCCAUUAGGCCGAAAGCCGUGGUCAGACAUCGAUAAAAACUGGUUCCGUGAACUUCUUUCUGAAGCUGUAGAAAUAAAUGAAGUCCGGCCCCUUAGGCAUUUGUACAGGCUCUGAGGGAAAUGGGUGCUUUUACAGCAAAUCGUAGCGGAAGCGGUCACGAGUUUGAUCGCGCGAAUCGCGGCAAGCACCUUCCAAAUGGCCACUCUCACACACAUCCACUGGGCUCCUGCCGAAUACGUUCGACGAAGAUUGGUUUGAACCGAAGGGAACUCGAAAGAUUCAAGAAACACGGCCUUCCAGAGAAUGAUCGCCAACGGCUGGCAGGAGUUCAUCAGAAAAGGCGGUCUCUACAAGAUCAUGCAGUUCAAGAUGAGGUCCUUGGAACCGUCGGCCUUCUCGGAAUUCGUCGACAAACGGCUCGAGGAAACUGGUAAUUUGGAGGAUCUUCACGAUAAAAUCGCAAAAUUUUGUGAAAGUUUUUUUGAUUUCUAGGUGUCCCGCAAAACUAUUUUUUUUUUUAUAAAAAAUGGAUUUUAGUAAUGUACGGCUUGAAAAGUUGUUGCGAGCCAAGUUUCUUUCCGAUUUUUAGCGAUUUUAUUAACGAUUCCUCGGUUUUCAAUAGGAGAACUUGAGAUUCCCUAAUGAGAUUCAAUUCCAGACGACCGUCUCAAUUUGGCUAUCAGUUUGCUCACGAUCCCUGCUGAUGGGCUGAAGAACAAGAUUCUGAAUGAAAUGGAAGUUUCUGCGGAGGAAUUCGAAUUCAUGGUGACCAACACGACGUUCGACGACAACAAGCAGUUCGUUCCAGCAGAAUCAGAUGCAAAUAUCGAUUUGUCUCGUUUUCAGCUACAGCUACCCGUGCACCCAGUGCAGAGGUCUCGUGCCGCGUUUCAGAGACGAAGAAUCUCUCGAAAUCCACAAUCGACUGUUGCAUUCGACUGACUGCGACUGUCACAUGGUGAGGACCGGAGGGAAAGAACUUUUUUCGAAAAAAUAUAACACUUUUGAAAAAAAAUAGUUAGUAAAAAUUAGCCUCAAGUUAGGGGAAAAAAGUGCUUCGUGACAUUCAACUCGGGCUUUUCGGGAUAUUAUUUGAAAGUUCGAUAUUUUCACAAGCUUUUUUUAACAGUACUUCAACCACAUUCCCUCUGCUUUCAGUGUUUCGACGAUUUUCCCAACAAAACGGCGCUCACUCUUCAUAUUCUUAUCAAACAUCAAGGAGAUCUGUCCGCGGAAGACGAAUAA